AUGGGUCAUAAAUUCGUUUGGAAAAGAUUGGAAGAUUCUGAAUCAGAUUAUCAAAGUGUGACUGAGAUAGUUAGAGAAGAAUCCGUAGAUCAAGACGGAAAUAAACAUAAUAGAGAAUUUGAAAUUAAGAAAACCGAUGUUACAAAUGAAAGAAAGAAAAGAGAUAGUGACAAUCUAAUUGCAUGUAACCUUGCCAGUCCACCUCUUCAUGGGACAUUAUGGUGUAGCCGUUAUCAACGUUAUAGAUUCUGUAGAGCAAUAUGUAUUGAAAAUUAUAAAUUUCCGGACGGUUCAACCAUUAAAACUUAUAAUUGCUCAAAGAAUGGAUUUAAGUAUAAUAAAAUCGAGAAAAUUCCCGAUUGCCAACCUAUAGAUCCUAGUCUCGUUUGUGAAAUCGUUAAAGGAAAAGAUCAGCUUUCUCUAUGUGUGUCUGAUUCAAGUACUCUAAAAUGUAUAACUCAGUGCAAAAGAGGAUAUAGAUUUCCUGAUGGUUCGAGAAAAAUGACAACCAUUUGUACUAAAAGUAAUGGUAAAUAUGACCCUGCAAAACGAAUACCUGACUGCAUUUUUACAGGUGAUGAAGAUGAAGGUCCUUCCGAACUCAUAUUUGAUAUUGAAGAGUAACAGGAAUAUAAAUUACC